AUUGUUUAAAUUGCAAGCAAUUUGAUUGGCGAUUAAUGGAGAUUCCAAUCCUAUUAUCCAUGUGUAAAAACAGAGCUCAGAUGUGACCACCACCAUUGAAAAGGGAAAGUUUGAAGUGGGGACAAGGACAGGGGUGGAUGGUAAACUUUCAAUGGGGAGUGGGUGCUUCUCUUUUGGGCUGAAUCAAAGCCGCAUGCACGCUUUGAAUUUUUUUUCCUUUCGGUGUCAACACUUUCUGAAAGUUUGGACUUCUUCUCUGUCUACUUGUUUACUCUACUAGAUGGUGCACCAAUGAAAAGGGUGUUCUAAGAUUUUGAAUCUAGUUGGUGUAAUUUGGUUGUUAAUAGGGAUUAUUAUAUGACUUUUGAUUUUAGGAAUUAAAUUAAUUUUGAGCAUUAUAUUUUCGUCAAUAAGGCUUUUUGAUUGAGUCUUCCAGAUGAACCCGAACCAGUUGAAAUUAGAGUUGAUGUUGCCAAACCUUCUUGUUGCGCCGCAUGUUUGAAAGUAUGUUGAAAGUUCAAAGUCAAAUAUGAACUAAACCGUGUAAUUAAUUAAUUAAUUAAUUAUUUAAAUUUUAUUCCAGAAAAAAAGGAGAAAAAAACUCUCUCCUCCUUUUCUUUUGCCGUCUUCCUCUUCUGGAGUGGGUGUUGAAUGAAUCAGCAGAGAAUCAUAUGUGGCAGUAGCUAAGCAACUCGUUUUGAGCCACGUGUUCCGCGCCAACCCUUUAAAACCACACGCGCCCGGAAAUAGCUUCUCCCUCUUCUCCCUCAUCUCUUUUCUCCGAGACUAGGAAAAUCAGAAAGAGAAUACACAGCGAAGCCAAUCCACACCGACCUCUCUUUGUUCUAUCUUUCUGUAUCUCACACGCGCAGAACGAUGCCGUUUUGCAAUAUUAGGACGCAACAAGCCAGCUCAGACACGAAGCUCUGCGACAAUGGAGUCAAAAUCUUUUACAGAACGUACGGUCACGGACCUACCAAGGUCCUCCUCAUCAUAGGAUUGGCAGGGACCCACGAGUCAUGGGGCCCACAGAUCAAGGAGCUAGUGGGGACCGAUACGCCCAAUGAAGAUGAAACGAGGACCGGAGAUUGGAGUUCCGAUGACAACGAGAGUGGCGGUGGUAUUGAAAUAUGUGCGUUUGAUAACCGUGGAAUGGGUCGAAGCACCGUACCCACCAAAAAAUCCGAAUACACAACAGAGAUUAUGGCAAAGGAUGCAAUUGCUUUGUUGGAUCAUUUGGGCUGGAAAAAAGCUCAUGUUUUUGGACAUUCAAUGGGAGCUAUGAUAGCUUGCAAGUUAGCAGCAAUGGUACCUGAAAGAGCUCUCUCAUUGGCUUUACUUAACGUAACAGGUGGAGGUUUCGAGUGUUUUCCAAAGCUCGAUCGACAAACAUUAUCCGUUGCAAUCCGUUUCUUACGGGCCAAAACUCCUGAGCAACGGGCAGCUGUUGACCUGGACACCCACUACUCAAGGGAGUAUCUUGAAGAAUAUGUUGGACCUAACACCAGAAGAACAAUCUUAUAUCAAGAAUAUGUAAAAGGUAUAUCAGCAACUGGAAUGCAGUCUAACAAUGGUUUUGAGGGUCAAGUUAAUGCUUGCUGGACACAUAAAAUGACUCGAGCAGAAAUCGAAAUGAUCCGUUCCGCUGGAAUUCUUGUUUCAGUCAUUCAUGGCAGGCAUGAUAUAAUUGCUCAAAUAUAUUACGCAAGGAAACUUGCGGAGAAGCUGCAGCCUGUUGCUCGGAUGGUAGAACUUCAUGGAGGUCAUCUAGUGAGCCAUGAGAGGACCGAAGAGGUCAAUCAAGCACUGCUUGAGUUGAUAGAGGCAUCAGAAGUGAAGAAGAUGAAGCCUAGUGUUUGGACUAAUAUGCCAAAGAAAAGCUCUGGGUGGAUAGGGACAAGGAUGGCAUUAAUGAGAAUAAACACAGAGGGUGGAAGCAAUGCCUCUCUCGUGUUUUAUUACUUGCUAUCAAAACUGCAGCUUUGCGUGUUGUACUUCUUUGGUCUCUUUGUUUUGGCAUUCGAGUAUGGUCGGAGGGUUAUAACAAGUUGUAAACCGGCUAGAGUUGGAACUUCCCUUACAUUAGAGAACAGUCAAUGAACCAUUGUUUCUUCUUACUGGGUCAAUUGAUUUGUCACCCAUUACCCUAUACGAAGUCAACCAAGUGAUGAAUAAUACACUGGAUUCUUCAACAACAUUUUUCAAUAAGAUGAGAGGCUUAUGCAUUCGGCAACGCAUCUUCAAAGCUGUUUGGAGGCACAAAUGUUGGGAGAUUGGAACAACCAAUAUUUUGAGGCAGAUCCUUCUCCCCGUGCCAUUGGUUCAUUUUUACUUACAAAAGAUGAUGAUAACAAAUCCCCUCUGUAUCUACAACAAACUCUCUACUCCCUACUACACCUUUCCGGGUGCAAUUCAAAAGAGAAAACAUUUAAUGGGUCU